AAAGUCAAGAAUGGCUAAUUUUGACAGCUGUCGUUUUGCCUUGAAACUGUAUUUGUAUAACUUAAAAAAUAUAAUUCUACAAUGUCGUUACCGUUUGGUCGGCCGCAAACCGUAUCACCUUUAAUUAGAGGUUUGAGAUAUGGUUUGUUAAUAGCGGGUAUUUUCUAUGGUAGAUACAAACAGGCGAAAUACGAGGAACUCGAAGAUAUUUGGCGGGAAGAAGAGGCCGAAAGAAAAGUAUUACGCGAUAGAGAACUUAAGAAAUUAAAAGCUCGCAUCGCCAAAGAGGAACGAGAAGUUGUUCGACAAAUUGAAACUGGAGAAUAUUUCAAAAUUGAAGAAGUAAAACCUGAGGAACCAGAACCAGAACCAAAACCAAAACGGAAAGAAUGCCGCUCUUAUUAAAUGUGAUUUAAAAAAA